AUGUAUGUAUAUGCUUUAGUUAAAAAUCUAACAUAUUUAUUAUUUAUUUGCAUUAAAACUAGCAUAAUUAACAUAGUUAACAUGCCAAACAAACCAAGGGAUCAUUUCUCUUCAAGAAAACUUAUUUGUGUUUGCUGUGGUGAUAAGAAUUUAAAAUGCAUUGAACUGGUUACUGGAAAUCCUUUACUAAUCUUGAUUCAACUGUAUGCCAACACUAACUAUAAUAUGACACUUCUUUCCAACCCUAUUGGGUUAUGUCCAACCUGCAAGAUUUAUUUGUACUCAGCUAAAAAAGGAGAAACUUUAUCACUAGUUACUUUGGAGAGGUGGUUGCUCACAUCAGAGAGAAUAAAGUUACUUCCGAGAUUUAAAGGUGAGACAGUGUCAACAUGUGAUUGCCUGCUCUGUAUCAUGUCAAGAGAUAAAUCCAAAUCUAUAAACCUUCAGGAUGUAUUAAACAUGUACAUUAAUGACCCUGAAGUACCAAAGGAGGUCAUAGAUAAAAUUUGUUGUACUUGUUAUCAAAGAAUUGGAUCUGGAAUUCAACAUCCCUGUAAUAAGAGAGACAUUGUACAGAACCUAAAAACACUGCUAAUGUCAACAGGAAAACCAAGAGUAUGUGAAGACUACAUUCAACCACAAUCUUUCUAUGGGAUGGAAAGGUCAUAUAAUUGAACACCAUCUUGUCAUGUUUUUAAAUAGAACUAAGCUGCCAUUGGGAGUAUUUUCUGAACAAUGUUCUGAAUCUGUUCAUCAUAAUAUGUUGAAAACACUGAGCAGAUUCUCAACUUCAGAAUUCAGAGAGAACCAUGGAGAGCUUCUUAGAAAGGCAAUAGUU